CCUUCAUCUCUCAUCUCUGUCCUCGCAUCUUAUAUUGCACAGAAGAAGAAGAAAAAGUAAUUUAAAAAAAUAUGGGAGUGGUGAUAAUAGAUGGAUCAACAGUGCGGGACUUCGUUAACGACGAACCCCACUUCAACAAAAGUGUUGCCGACGCAUUUUCCAAGCUAGAUCUCAACAAUGACGGAGUGUUAUCUCGCUGUGAGCUGCGAAAGGCUUUCGAGUCGCUUCGUCUGAUCGAAUCCCACUUCGGAAUCGACGUAGCCACGCCUCCGGAGCAGCUAACUCAGCUCUAUGACUCCAUUUUUGACAAGUUUGAUUGUGACAAGAGUGGGGCUGUGGAUGUGGAUGAGUUUAGGAGCGAGUUUCAGAAGAUCUUGCUUGCUAUUGCUGAUGGCUUAGGGUCUAGUCCUAUUCAGAUGGCUCUUGAAGAUGAUGACCAGAGUUUUCUCAAGAAAGCUGCUGAUCUUGAAGCCUCUAAGCUUCACUAGUAGUAUGCUGCUGUUUUUAUUUUGUUUUCACUUGCUCUAUGUUUGUAUCCUAUUUACUGAGGUUUUAAUAAAACUCCCUUUUGUUAGCUAUGGCUAUGGAUCAAUCAAUGUAUUCAAAUGAACUGUUCUAGUUUAAAUAAAAUGAUGCUUGUGAUCGGUUGUAA